CUGUCCGUCCGUCCGUCCGUCCGUCUGCCCCGCAGGUGUGCGCGUCGACUUUCCUGUCAAAUACCGAAAAGUCCAGAUGGAAAACCUGAACGUCCUAUGACCUUGGCUUUCCGUCGGACAACACCGGACUGUUGGUGGACACUCUGUGGGUGUCGGAGAGAGAAAAAGCUUAAACCCGGGGCAGAGCGGUUUUGCACGUUACGGUUAGCCCGGGCAGGACACGAACGGCCGCUUGUUGGAGCUCUCAGAGACGGUAACCUCACCGACACACGGCCGGGGAGGAGAGAACUUGGUGCUUUUUACGAAGACGGUGUGUUUAAAUAUAUCCACACUGGUCAGCUAAGGCCACAGCCUGAAGCGUCAUGGCCUCGGCCCUCUUUGAYCACAGCAGCGUCCUGCAGGAGGAGCUCACCUGUCCCGUGUGCCUGGACCUGUACCGGGACCCCCACCUGCUUCCAUGCGGCCAUAACUUCUGCAAGUCCUGCCUGGACCGCUUGAAGCGGCAGUCGGAUCGAGGUCGCCUCCGUUGCCCCGAGUGCCGCGACAGCCACCGCUGCGGCACCCACUUCCCCAAGAACUUCAAGCUGGCCAACAUCGCAGACGACUACCGCCGCAGGCGCCGAGCGACCGCCGCAGACCCCGUCAUUUUCCAGGUGUCGUCUCAGACAGUGCCUCAGGUCACGGCCGUCUCCACUGUGCCGUGCGACUACUGUCCUUCAGUGCCCGCCGAGGCUUCGGGAKUCAGCAGCUCUGCGGACGGGUGCUCCGCUGCUGCUUUUCAGGACGGGGGCGACAAGCAGGGAGCCGCAGCCAGCUCUGGRCUUGCGGUCAAAACAUGCCUCAAAUGUGAGGUGUCGAUGUGCCCGGAGCACGUGAAACCACACCUGGAGCUGCCGGCGUUCCGCGAACACCCUCUCACUGAACCCAUGAGCAACUUCUGGAAGAGGAAGUGCCUGGAUCAUGAGGAGCUUUACAGAUACUACUGCAUGGAUGACAAGAUGUUGGUUUGCAAUGCCUGCACCAUAGAGGGAGGACAUGUAGGACACACAAUCAAAACCCUGAAAAACACAAUGAAAGAUUUUAAG